UUCUCUCCCUCCCUCUCCUUGCAAUUGUGCGUUUGAUUUGCCUCCGCGGCAGGAUUCUCUGAACCAGCCAGCAUGGCUGACAUGAAAACGGGCAUCUUUGCGAAAAAUGUCCAAAAGAGACUCAACCGGGCGCAGGAAAAGGUGCUUCAGAAGCUAGGCAAAGCUGAUGAAACAAAAGAUGAACAGUUUGAAGAGUAUGUUCAGAACUUCAAACGGCAAGAGGCAGAAGGUUCCAGACUUCAGAAAGAACUCCGAGGAUAUUUAGCUGCAAUCAAAGGCAUGCAAGAUGCUUCAAAAAAGCUUACAGAGUCUCUUCAUGAAGUGUAUGAACCUGAUUGGUAUGGCCGGGAAGAUGUAAAAAUGGUUGGUGAGAAAUGUGAUGUGCUUUGGGAAGAUUUUCACCAAAAGCUGGUAGAUGGGUCACUGCUAACUCUGGAUACAUAUUUGGGACAGUUUCCUGAUAUAAAGAUUCGCAUUGCAAAACGGAGCAGAAAGCUAGUAGACUAUGACAGUGCAAGACAUCAUCUGGAAGCCUUGCAAAGUUCAAAAAGAAAAGAUGAAGGGAGAAUUUCCAAGGCAGAAGAAGAGUUUCAGAAAGCACAGAAGGUAUUUGAAGAUUUUAACACUGAUUUGCAGGAAGAACUACCAUCUUUAUGGUCAAGGCGAGUGGGCUUUUAUGUGAACACAUUUAAAAAUAUCUCCAGCCUUGAAGCCAAAUUUCACAAAGAAAUAGCAUUGCUCUGCCACAAACUUUAUGAGGUGAUGACUAAACUGGGAGAGCAGCAUGCUGACAAGGCCUUCACAAUCCUUGGGGCACCCAGCGACUCUGGUCCACUCCGCAUUGCAAAAACUCCAUCACCACCUGAAGAGGCCUCCCCGCCACCUAGUCCUGAAGCUACUGCAAAUCAUACAUUGGCGACCCCGAGUUCUCCAGCACCUGCACGCCCUAAAUCUCCUUCACAGCUGAGGAAAGGCCCUCCUGUCCCACCACUGCCUAAACUCACACCAACAAAAGACUUGCAACAAGAAAAUAUCAUCAGUUUAUUUGAUGAUAACUUUGUUCCAGAAAUAAAUGUGACAACUCCUUCACAGAAUGAAGUUCCUGAUGCUAAAAAAGAAGAGUCUUUGUUAGAUUUGGACUUUGAUCCUUUCAAGCCUGAUGCUGCAUCUACUGUGGUAACCCAUUCACCAAUGUCUCAGACGCUACCCUGGGAUCUGUGGACGACCAACAAUGAGCUGGCACAGCCGGCAUCCAGCACUGCUUUUAAUGGAUUCACUCAGGACACCUCCCUGUUUUCACUGCAGCCAAGUCAGGAUGUUACAGAUGGCAUGCCAAGUCAGGAUGUUACAGAUAGCAUGGCUGAGGCAGAAGCUCCAUCUCUUGAACUACAGGAAGAGGAAGGCAUUGAUGUGGUUGGCUCUGCUACCAAGCCAGAAGCACAGGCUUUGGAAGCUGAUGAAUCAACAGCAGAAACUGUGUUGCAGAUGGACUCAGUAGUUGAAGGUCCUACUGAAACUGUGUGUGCUGAUGCCACUUCUAUAAAUGAAGUUGCUGUUACUGAUGAAACAGCAGUUGUUGAAAGCAGCACAGAUCACACUGAAGGGAAAGCAGACGACAUCCAGGACAACUUUAGUAACAUCCCUUCAGUAGUCAUAGAGCCUGCAUCAAACAAUGAAGAUGGAGAUGAUCAUGAGAUACAAGUUAAUGCAUCUAAAGAUUCUGUGGAAGAAGUUGGUAGUCAGAGAACUGAAGUACCCACUGGUGAAUCUUCAGAUGUUAUAAGUGAGCCAACAAAUAUAACAGAAGUGCAGCCUGCAUCAGCAGACGACAUGCCACCUGGCUUCCUCUUUAAGGUUGAAGCGCUGCAUGAUUUUGAGGCAGCCAACAGUGAUGAACUGACUUUGCAACGGGGAGAUAUUGUACUGGUAAUCCCAUCAGCAGCAGAAGCAGAUCAGGAAGCAGGUUGGCUAACAGGCAUUAAGGAAUGUGACUGGCUUCAAUGCAAAGAUGCAUCCACAUGUAAGGGACUCUUCCCUGAAAACUUUACCUGCCGUUUUGAGUAAUUCCCAGCUCCAGAGGCAAGGCCAUCUUGUAGGAAGCUCAGUCCCUACAUUUUGAACCUCUCCAACGUACAGGGGUUUAUAGUUGAGCCAUCACGGUUUACAGACUGAUUCCAGACAAAACUUGGCUGAAGCUUAUCAAAUCAGCAUGAUUGCAAGAACUUAAAGCUAGCAUAUUCUGAAACAGUAUGUGGAAAAAAGUACUUAUUUGUUCACAUAUACAUGGCAACAGGUUUGUUUGUACUUUGUCAGAGCUAUGGUGAUCCUGUAACUUGAUCUUUUCCCCAUGCAAAUAUGAGUAGCCUCCUCAAUACCAAAACCUUAACUUUUCUGCACUAACUGUAUUGUACUGAGUUGCUGCACUGCAGAAGACUUCAUUAGUAAUCCUGUAGUACUGAAGUCAAACUAUUCUAAUUUCGAUGUGUUUGGGGAAAAAAUUGCCGCAAAGUUUUUCCAUGUUAUUUUCUUACAUACAUACGUACAUAUACACACAAAGAGAUGCCUAUGUGUUGUAUGCAUAUAUAGCACAUAAAAACCCUAGGAAACCAACCUGCAGCACAAGUUAUUGGUGACAUAAACAGCAAGCAUUUGAACUGAAAUUGGACAAAACCUGGAGAACAUGUAGAAUUGUUCAGCUUAGGAGACUAACAGGAGCCUUUUACAGAGGGAGUGUAAUGUGCAUUAGAGUCACCAUAUCAUUCUUUGCCCUUGGUUUGAGGUGCACUUGUCAAAAGGUUGGCUACCACUGAUUUUAUGCAUUAGCAAGUACCUUACCUACUUAUAGUCAUUUGGUCAUGUAGACUUGUCCAUUCAGACAUUUGCUCUUAUUGUCAGGCAUUACAGUAAAGAAUACUGUUACAAGAAACUAGCUGCUCCAUUACCAAAAUAUUAAGUAGUCGAAUCUGCAUAUUAAUGCAAAAUUAUCAUUCCAAAGGAUUAGACAAAAGUUACCAAACCUACUUUCAAAGCCACUGAAACACAACAGAAGGCAUGGCUCAGCCACCUCCACAUUACUAAAGCUUGAGGAUGAAAUUAUACUGAUUGAGGCGGCUAUAGUAGUAGUUUUGUAUUUUUAAAGUGGCUGGGUGAAUAAAUACAUUUCUGAUUUAAGGGAAGAUUAAGACAAUAUAUUUUCACAAUAUGUAUUUAUGCAACAUACUUUCAACAAUCCCCCCAAAUACCAUGUAUCGUGUAUCAAAAAGUCAUCUGUAACUAUGUUUUUCAGUGUUGCGUCAUUUAAAAUAAAUCUAUG